GGAAAUAAAAGUCGAUACAAAGAGUUCCGUCCCGCCUGAGCCGGUGACAGUGAGGGGUCGGCGGUAGAUGAGCCGCGGUGGUCGCGCUGCCUCUCGGCCUCUCGUACGGAUCACAAGUGGCAUCCUCGAUCCGAGUGUCGGCGUCUUACAGGGGAAGCUUCUAGUGAAGCACCGGCGACUUCCGGAGUCGGCUCCUCCUCCAGCCCCCAGGGUCCUAGGUCCGGUUAUGUUCAGCUUUGUCUGCUGCCUGAGAGCUGAGUGUGGGGAGCAGAGGGUGUAACUACCGUCAGCAGCCCUCAGGCCCCUCCCCCCACGAUGUCUUCAGAGCAGGAGGAUCCUGUCGGAGAGAUCGAGGUCGCCAUCGAACAAGAGCCUAAUGACUCGCCCAGAUUUGUGCAAUGUGGACGUCGCUUCCGCUGUCUGUCCUGCUGCAAGACCUUCCCCAACAAGCCCCGCGCCAAGCGCCACUGUCUGGGGCACCUCUGUGUGGAUGACCCCCAGCCUCAGCCACCCAAGACUCCGGGACCAAAGAGCGAGCAGCGGCACAAGUGCAUGCAGUGCGACAAGUCCUACAAAACCGCCUCAUUGCUGAAGGGCCACGUGCGCAGCCACACGGGGGAGAAGCCCUUCGUCUGCAAGGAGUGCGGCCGCUCCUUCAUGCAGCCCAUAUGCCUGCGGGUGCACAUGGCCACGCACAACGGGCAGCUCCCUUUCCAGUGCGGACAGUGUGGAAAAGCUUACGCCACGCCCUCUAAGUUGCGGAUCCACGAGCGGCUGCACACUGGGGAGCGCCCGUUCUCAUGCUCCGACUGUGGGAAAGGGUUUGCAGACCCGUCUGUGUUUCGGAAGCACAGGCGGAGCCAUGCCGGGCUGCGGCCUUACCAGUGCCAGCUGUGCCAGAAGUCCUAUAGUGAACUGAAGGACCUGAAGAACCAUGAACGAAGCCACACAGGGGAGAAGCCCUUCCUGUGUUCAGACUGUGGUAAGGCGUUCUCCCGCGCGUCUUCUCUCACGUGUCAUCAGCGCAUCCACGCCGCCCAGAAACCGUACAAGUGCCCCAUAUGUAGCAAAGACUUUACCCAGCUGUCUUCCUACCAGAGCCACCAACGCACACACUCCGGUGAGAAGCCUUACCUGUGCCCUCAGUGCGGCCGCAUGUUCUCCGACCCCUCUAGCUUCCGGAGACACCAGCGAGCUCACCAGGGCGUCAAACCGUACCGAUGCGACAAGUGCGGAAAACCAUUCAGACAGCCGGCUGACCUGGCCAUGCACCAGCGUAUCCAUACGGGCGAGAGGCCCUUCCGAUGCUCGGACUGUGAUAAGACGUUUGUGGCAUCUUGGGACUUGAAGAGGCACCGGCUGUCGCACAGCACCGAGCGGCCCUUCCAGUGCAUGGAGUGUGGCAAAGGCUUCGCCGAACGUUCCGGGCUAAGCAAACACCAACGUUCCCACAGCGGAGAGAGACCCUACAAGUGCGAGGAGUGUGGGAAGACGUUCAUCGUCUCCUCCAGCCUUCGGAAACACGAACGGACCCACGUGAAGACCGAGCAGGAAGCCACCAAGAAGAAGGAAGAGUCCACCACCUGCGACAAGUGCUCGCUCACCUUCCAAAGUGUGAUGGACCUCAGGAACCAUCAGAGAACACACCCCGAGCUCCGGCCGUUCCGCUGUGACCAGUGUGACAAGGGUUUUGUGGACAAGGCCGGACUGAAGAAGCACCAAAGGAUACACAGUGACGUGCGCCCCCACAUGUGCCAGCAGUGCGGCAAGGGCUUCCACGUCCCCUCAGACCUUCGGAAGCACCAGAGGACACAUGCCAAAGAGGUCAAGGGCAAAGAAGAGGAGGAUGAAGAGGAGAUCACCACACUGACACUCCAUCCGGCCUCCGUAGAGCCUCAGCCUCUCUUCGACCCCUUGGUCUCCUUCUUAGAGAAGGUAGCUGAAGGAAACAUGGAGGUGAUAGAGCCCUCACCUACAUCGAGCUGAAAGUUCUCUAAUGUGACCAAACGAGACAUUAUGGACCCUACGUCUCCUACACAGAAUACAGGCGGCCAUCUUGUAGGGGCUUUAGUGGUGUUCAUAGAGCAAACAGAUCUAACUGUUGGGGGAUCAUCUCCCACAAUGGCCGCCUCCUGUGUGUGUCAGCAGAACGUCCACCUGAAGCUGAAGCAGAGGAAGGUGUAAAUGAUGAGUACUGCCAGGUCGUCGGCCAUUUUGUAAAACCAGUAUCUGCUUGCCUCUGGCGUGGCGCGUGUCUUCAGAGAGGAACGUGAAGCGGAGAUUUGCACACAUCUAGAGGUCAUGUGACCGGAAUAUGAGAUUCAGUAUUUUUUCGUGAAAGUAAUAAAGAUUUUUGCCUUCAUCUA